AACGACUAGAGGCCAUGGAACGACGCGAAAUUUUAGAUUUGAAUUUGCGCGAUUUGAGACAAAAACUAACUGAAUUAGGGUUAGUGACUACAGGACGUGUGAUCCAUACUCCGACACAUGAGCGUGCUACGUUCACCCUGCGCGACAUAGUAGAUUCGCUGUCAAUGUUUAAUGGCUCCGGCUCACCGUCGAUAGAGGACUGGUUAGAAGAGUUUGAAGAAAACGCUACCGCAUUUCACUGGAAUAAUUUACGGAAAUUUAUUUAUGCUAAACAGUUGUUGAGGGGGGCAGCCAAAAUGUUUGUGCGAAGCCAACGUGGUGUUACAGAUUGGAGUUCAUUAAAGCAGGCACUAAAAUCAGAGUUUGGUAUUGUGGUGUCAUCCAUGGAAGUGCAUCGCAUGCUUAGGAACCGUCGAAAGCGUCAAAACGAGAGUUACCGCGAAUACCUUUACAAUCUAAUGGAGAUUAGCAAACCGAUUGAAUUAGAUGAGUUGAGUUUAGUAACAUAUUUUAUCGAAGGUAUUCCUGAUUCUAAUGCCAACAAGAGUAACUUAUAUCAGGCCAAAACUGUUAAAGAACUUAAGAUCCAGCUUAGCAUAUAUGAAAAAGUGCGGGAUGGUCGGCAAGAAGUAAACAGCUCAGGUUCAGUUCGUUCGGGUGAAGGAAAUAAGGCGUCUACUGGUUUGGGUAACAAUAAAGAUCAAACAAAACGUUGUUUCAAGUUCGGAGAUAUUUCGCACAUCGCAAAAGAUUGCAGUCAAAAACAAAUUAAAUGUUUCAAAUGCGGUCAGCCAGGGCAUCGUGCCGUAGAUUGUCAGCGACAGCAAGUUGAGGUUAAGAAGGAAAAAAGUAAUGUAAAUACGUUGAGGAACCAGGGAAAACAGGAAUUUGGAACAGGAGGAUGCAUUUUUAAGGAUCUAGCCGUUGGGGGAGCGACAUUUUCCACUUUAAUAGAUACCGGAUGUGACCUUUGCUUAAUUCGUCGCGAUGUUUUGUUGUUGUUAAAUGACGACAUCGAAUUAAACAACGACCAAAUAAGCCUUGUAGGCGUAGGAAAUGCCAGACUAACGACGCUAGGUAGCUUCAAAACUAUGGUGGUGGUCGACGGUAUGGAACUUGAAGUCAUUUUCCACGUGACCAGAGAAUGUGACAUGCGGUAUUCAGCAGUGAUUGGUGUCAGUGUGUUGAAAUUGGUUGACUUGGUUGUAUCAGAGGGUUCGGUAGAGUUUAAGGAGAAAGUUGACAAGGCUGAGGCAAGUCAGACAGGGAAAAAGGGUUCGAAUGCAGUCGUGGCGGGAAGUUGCUUAGUUUCGGACGAAGCCGAGGGGAGAUGUACAGAGGUUGAGGCAGAGUUUAAAGAGCUAUGCCAAGUUGCCGUUGUUGAAGAAACUAGGGAACCAGAUAUUGACUUAUGCCACCUUCAACCGUUAGAAGCAAGUGCAGUAGAGGUGUUGAUUAAAAAUUAUGCACCCGUAAGAAACCAGAAAUCACCUGUUGAAAUGAAGAUCGUGUUGACUGAUGAUUAUCCCGUUCACGAAGGCCCUAGACGCAUUUCAUACGCUGACAAGAAAGUGGUAGAAGAACAGAUAGCGGAGUGGCUACAAGAGGGUAUUAUUCAACCCAGUACAUCGGAGUACGCUUCGCCCAUUGUACUUGUUGCCAAAAAGGAUGGAUCAAAAAGGCUUUGCUGUGACUACAGGCGUAUAAACAGCAAGAUUAUGAGGGAUAACUUUCCGAUGCCGUUGUUAGACGACGUCAUUGAGAGGCUACAGGGGGCUAAAUUAUUUACGACCUUGGAUUUGGCAAACGGGUUCUUUCAUGUACCUGUCGAAGCAAAAUCCAGGAAGUAUACCGCGUUCGUUACACAUAACGGGCAGUACGAGUUUCGAUAUGUACCCUUUGGGAUAUCAAACUCGCCUGCUGUAUUUUCGAAGUACAUUGCUACGGUUUUGAGGGAUAUGGUGGAAGAUGGGACGGUUGUUGCUUACAUGGAUGAUCUCAUUAUUCCCGCUAAGGAUGUAGGUGAGGCCAUUCAGAAAUUAGAGC